UGACAGAGAGACACAGAGAGAGGGAUAGAGUGAGUGUGAGAGAGAGAGUGAUAGAGUGACACAGAGAGAGGGAUAGAGUGAGAGAGAGAGAGAGAGUGUGAGAGAGAGAGUGACAGAGACACAGAGAGAGGGAUAGAGUGAGAGAGAGAGAGUGAUAGAGAGGGAGAGAGAGGGAUAGAGUGAGUGUGAGAUAGAGAGUGAUAGACACAGAGAGAGGGAUAGAGUGAGGGAGAGAGGGAUAGAGUGAGUGAGAGAGAGGGAUAGAGUGUGAGAUAGAGAGUGAUAGAGAGGGAGAGAGACAGAAGGAGACGGAGAGAGAGAGAGAGGAGACGGAGAGAGGGAGAGGGAGAGAGAGAGACAGAAAGGAGACGGAGAGAGAGAGAGGGAGAGAUGGGGAUACAGGGUUUAGCGAAGUUGAUCGCUGACAUCGCUCCGGGUGCGAUUCGCGAACAGGAGCUAAAAAACUACUUCGGGCGUAAGAUUGCGAUCGACGCGUCCAUGAGCAUCUAUCAGUUUCUGAUUGCGGUCAGACAUGACGGGCAGGUGUUGCAGACGGAGAGUGGGGAAACGACCAGCCAUUUAAUGGGAAUGUUUUACCGGACCAUACGGAUGGUGGAGAGUGGGAUUAAACCUGUUUACGUGUUUGAUGGGAAACCACCAGAUAUGAAAUCCGGAGAGCUCGCCAAGAGAAACGAAAGGCGCAGUGAGGCAGAAAAGCAACUGGCUCAGGCUCAGGAGGCAGGCGACAGUGAAAAUGUCGAGAGGUUUAACAAGCGUCUGGUCAAAGUGACCAAACAGCACAAUGAGGAGUGUAAAACACUGCUGACAUUGAUGGGCAUUCCUUAUCUGGAGGCACCUUGUGAAGCAGAGGCAAGUUGUGCAGCUCUUGUUAAAUCAGGAAAGGUUUAUGGGACGGCAACGGAAGAUAUGGAUGGUUUAACAUUUGGAACAACAAUUUUACUGCGUCGCAUGACAGCCAGUGAGGCCAAGAAGCUUCCGAUCCAGGAAUUUCACCUGAAUAAAAUCUUGCAAGAAACCGGAUUAAGUCAAGAGGAGUUUAUUGACCUGUGUAUCUUGCUGGGCUGUGAUUACUGUGAGACGAUUCGGGGAAUUGGGCCGAAACGUGCGAUCGAGUUAAUCCGCCAACAUCGGUGCAUCGAGGAGGUUCUCAAACACAUCGACGGCAACAAAUACACGGUGCCCGGGGACUGGGCGUACAGUCAGGCUCGCUCGCUCUUCCUGACUCCGGAUGUCGUGAAUGUGGACGAUGUUGAACUGAAGUGGACGGAGCCCGAGGAGGAUAAACUGGUGUCGUUCCUGUGCGAGGACAAGGGCUUCAG